AUGUUCAAGGAGGCUGCGCGAGCUAGCAGUGCCGCACCCACAUAUUUCGAACCGUUUGAGUACCAAGGAAAAAAGUUUGUUGAUGGAUCUUUUGUAGCUAAUUAUCCACUAAAUAUCCUUUUCAAGGAACUUGACUCCUUUACCAAACACAACAAUCGAAUUCAAUUGGCUGGUGUGGUUUCGAUAGGAACGGGUGAACCUGCGCAAUCGGAGCGAAAGUACAAAAGCGGAACUACUUUGAAGGCAAAGGCGAAAAACAUGGCUCAUUUGAGUACACUUAUACUUGAACAGGUUGUCGGGCAAGAUCUCCUAGCUGUUGAAAUGGCUGAAGAACGAUGUCAAGCUCACAACAUACCGUUCAUUCGCAUAAGCCCGAAGGGCAUCAAUGUGCGUAUCGAUCAGAUCGACGACGGCAAGCUAAUGGAUAUGAUUUGGACUACACAGCUGUGGCUGAUCCAGAACCUUCGCGAAGUCGACAAACUAGGUGAGCUACUAUUCAAACUGCUCUCCGAACCAGACGAUCGGAAACGUCGAAGCAACACAGUUCUCUAA